ACAGUAAGCAGCAUGAACAUGUUCUCCUGUUGGACCUUGCCAUCUGACGAAGACGAGCCGCACAGGCGGGUAAACGAACCAGAGAAGAAGGUAAAGAAGAGAAAAUGGUGGCAGAGACGCCAGAAAGUAGAGAUGCAGGACGGGGAGGAUGAGAAGGGAAACGGGGUAAAGGGUGAAGAGAUGGGGCAAGGAGUGGAGCAGAAGGUUUUAGAGGACCAGGCAGACCAAAUACCAAAGAUGGAGAAGCAGGUGGUUCUGGGAAAAAACAAACCUGAGAAAAAAGUAAAGAAGAGAAAAUGGUGGCAGAGACGCCAGAAGGUAGAGAUUCAGGUGGCCGCACGGGACCUGGUGGAAGAACCAGAGCAGGUCGUCCUAAAGGACCAGAGGAAACCAGUAAAGAAGGUGGUUCUGGUUUUUGAGAUUGAGAUGAAGAAGGAAGAGAGGCAGGUGGACCCAGUGGAAAAACCAGACCAGGUCAUGAAGAAGGUAGAGAGGCAGGUGGCCCCGCUGAACGUGGUGGAAGAACCAGAGCAGGUCAUCCUGAUAGACCAGUGGAAGGAACAAGUAAAAAAUAGGGUUCGUUUCAUAGAGAAUGAGAUGAAGAAGGUAGAGAGGCAGGUGGCCCAGUUGAACCUGGUGGAAGAACCAGAGCAGGUCAUCCUAAAGGAACAGGUAAAAAAUAGGGUUCGUUUCAUAGAGAAUGAGAUGAAGAAGGCAGAGAGGCAGGUGGACCCAGUGGAAAAACCAGACCAGGUCAUGAAGAAGGCAGAGAGGCAGGUGGCCCCGCUGAACCUGGUGGAAGAACCAGAGCAGGUCAUCCUAAAGGAACAGGUAAAAAAUAGGGUUCGUUUCAUAGAGAAUGAGAUGAAGAAGGCAGAGAGGCAGGUGGACCCAGUGGAAAAACCAGACCAGGUCAUGAAGAAGGUAGAGAGGCAGGUGGCCCCGCUGAACGUGGUGGAAGAACCAGAGCAGGUCAUCCUGAUAGACCAGUGGAAGGAACAAGUAAAAAAUAGGGUUCGUUUCAUAGAGAAUGAGAUGAAGAAGGCAGAGAGGCAGGUGGACCCAGUGGAAAAACCAGACCAGGUCAUGAAGAAGGCAGAGAGGCAGGUGGACCCAGUGGAAAAAACAGACCAGGUCAUGAAGAAGGCAGAGAGGCAGGUGGCCCCGGUGGACACAGUGGAAAAACCAAAGCAGGUAGUAAAGAACCAGAUUGACAUAAAGAAGCCAAAUUUAGAGGAGAAAAUGGUCCUCAAAAACCUGGAGAGGAUGGAGAACAAAAGGCUGGAGAAGCAGGUGCUUCAGCUGGACCAGAUGACGAAGGUGGAAGAAGAGCAGCUGCAGGACGACGUUCUUGUUCCCCUCAUCGUUGAAGCCCAACCUGGAGAGUCUGGGGCUCUGAUGGAGAUCGCAUGUGAAGAUGAAGGCGUCCCGAUGCCGAAGUCGAGGAGAACCAGCCUGAGAACCAAACGCCCAGAACCGGCUACAAGAUCCUCAGAGGUUUUGUCAUCAGCGUCGCUGUUGUGUUGACGGUCACUAUAGCUUCCCGUCGACUGUCCUCAUUCUUCAUCGUCUGAAUCUGUCGUGGUGACGAUCCGGAGAUCAUCCAAUCACACGCCGACUUUUCCAACAUCAAAAUAACAAUAAAGUGCCUUCAUUAA